AUGCCUUCCUCGCAGUCCAACGGCGGCCGCACGGCCGCGCGCGAUUUCUAUUCGACCCCGCCCGGGGCCCAGGGCUACCACAUUCCCCAGGACACCACCUGGCGAGACCCCCAGAACCGCAAGAUGCGCGUGUUGACGAUCGGGGCUGGGGUCAGUGGGAUAUUGAUGGCGUAUCUUGUGCAAAAGGAGUGCCAGAACGUCGAGCACGUCGUCUAUGAGAAGAAUGAAGACAUUGGAGGCACCUGGCUAGAGAACCGAUACCCAUGUGCCGCGUGCGACAUACCAAGCCACGCUUACAGCUAUCAAUUUGCCCCGUAUCCCGACUGGCCCAGGUUCUUCUCGCAGUCGCCCGAGAUAUGGACGUACCUGGACCUGGUGUGCAAGACAUUCGACCUUCGCAAGUACAUGACCUUCUACACCACGGUCACGGGCUGUUACUGGCAGCAGGACAAGGGCCAGUGGCUUGUCAAGCUGCGGCAGGCACAGCCGGGCCGGGAGCCGCGCGAGUUCGAGGAGAACUGCGACCUCCUGCUACACGGCACGGGCGUCCUGAACGACUGGAAGUGGCCCGACAUCCCGGGGCUGCACGACAGGUUCAAGGGCCGCGUGGUGCACACGGCGCGGUGGCCGGCCGACUACGCCGAGGAGCAGUGGAAGAAGGAGCGGAUCGCCGUGAUCGGGUCCGGCUCGUCGUCGCUGCAGACGGUCCCCGGGAUGCAGCCGCACGCCAGGCACAUGGACAUCUUUGUGCGCACGGGGGCCUGGUUCACCGUCAUAGCCGGCAACACGGGCGACCCGUCCAAGACGUACACGGACGAGGAGCGCGCGAGGUUCCACGCCGACCCGGCGGCGAUGCUGGCGCACGCAAAGUCCAUCGAGGACGACAUCAACGGCCUCUGGGGGUUCCAGCACCGCGGCUCCGAGACGCAGGAGGCCAUCAAGGCGCAGAUGGCCGAGCGCACGCGGCAGAAGCUCAACGGCAACGAGCGCCUGGUGGAGGGGCUGAAGCCCGGCUUCGGUUUUGGCUGUCGCCGCAUCAACCCGGCCGACCCGUACCUCGAGGCCAUCCAGCAGCCCAACGUCGACGUGCACUUUACGCCCGCGGCGGAGUGCACCGAGCGCGGCGUCGUGGGCGCCGACGGCGUCGAGCGCGAGGUCGACACGGUCGUGUGCGCGACCGGGUUCGACACCAGCUUCGCGCCGCGCUUCCCCGUCGUGGGCCGUAGCGGCGCCGACCUGCGCGACCGCUGGGCGCCGGGAAGCGGCGGCUGCCCGGAGUCGUACCUGGGCCUGGCGGUGCCGGACCUCCCAAACUUCAUCACCUUUGUGGGCCCGCCGUGGCCGGUCCAGAACGGCAGCUUCAUCGGGCCGCUGCAGUCCGUCGGGUUAUACGCUGUCAAAAUGAUACACAAGAUGCAGAACGAGGGUGUGCGCAGCUGGACGCCGCGCGCGGACGUGACCGAGGACUUUAACAAGCACGUGCAGGAGUGGAUUAAGUCGUCUGUGUACACAGACGAUUGCCGAAGCUGGUACAAGAACAAUGACACGGGCCGCGUCAACGCCAUCUGGCCGGGCUCGUCGCUGCACUACAUACAGGUGAUCGAGACGCCGCGCUACGAGGAUUUCGAAAUGGAGUACUGUGCCAAAAAUCGCUGGGCCAUGCUCGGCAUGGGGUUCACCGUGGCUGAAAGAAACAAGGAAGGGGCUGACCUUUCGCCCUAUCUAAAGCUGGAAAAUAUUGAUCCGAAAUGGCUCAACGAGGUCAUUCUUGGUGGCAAGGGCACAGGGCCCAAGGUGGAUGGUAACGGCACGAAGGGGACUAAUGGAAACGCACACGAGGGGGCCUUGGACGGGGAUCAUGCAAAGAUCUGA